CUUGACUGAUAUAGUUGACAUAGUUCGUGAGUGACAUUGAGUGAUUAUUGUUGAAAAAGUUUGUUUUUAACGUGUAAAAGUGUUAAAAAUGCCUAAAAGGAAAAAUCAAGCCCUCAUUGAUUCGGAUAGCAGUGGAAGUGCAUCCGAUACCGGAUCUGAUUUGGAUAAUGAUUUGUUGUCAUUAGCCAAAAAGAAGAAAGCGAGAGUCCAAAAUGACUCUCAAACGACUGAAGACAAUCCCUUAAAAAAGGAUCCGAAGUUGGCUGAUUCUGAUACUUCAGAUUCCGAUGAUGAUUGGAAUGCUAAAUCAGGAAAAACCAAAAAGAAGAAGGUACCAACCAAGAGGAACAAACGGAAAGUUACAAAAUCCAGUUCUGAGGAAAGUGCCAGUGAAAAGGAGUCUGCAAAAGUUUCGGAACCAGAAGAAGGUGAAGUCUCAGAUUCCGAUGCUACUGUGUCAGAGUCGAGCCAAGAAGAAUUUAACGAUGGCUACGAUGACAAACUCAUGGGCGAUGCAGAAGAUCAAGCUCGACUUGCAAAGAUGACGGAAAAGGAAAGGGAGCAGGAGAUUUUCAAACGAAUUGAGCAACGUGAAAUCAUGAAAACUCGAUUCGAAAUUGAAAAGAAGCUGAGAAUGGCGAAAAAGCAGGAGUUGCGGAAGCAGAAGGAGUUUAAGAAGAAAGAAAAAAGUGUGGAGGAGAAAAAAUAUGAACGAGCACCUGAUCCAAAAGAAAGGAGUAAGGACCGUAAAAAGACGAUCGAAGAAAAGCAAGAUAAAAAGUUCCAUGCGAUGUCUUUGUUGAAAGCUAGACGCGAAGAGAAGAAAGAACGAGAAGAGAAGGAAAAACAGAGAAUAGAGCAACAACAACAGCAAUCUAAAGAUGAAGAAGAAGAUCUUGAAGAUGAUCACAAAAGUGGUAACAAAACGAAACUUAAGGCAUCUGAUAUUUAUUCAGAUGACAGUGGAUCUUCGGACAGUGAGGAAGAAGACGGGCCAAAAACAACGUCCAAUCGCCGAUCAUCUACAAGUGAUAGUCGAGAUUCAGAUUCAGAUGAUAAAAAAUCGGUCACGAGUACUAAAGCUAAACCGAAGAAACCAAUUUACGCAAGUACUCGAGAAGAUCUCAAUAAACUCCGAUUAUCUCGAUAUAAAUUGGAACGUUUUGUUCAUCUUCCUUUCUUCGAUCGUAUUGUUCGAGGCUGUUUUGUGAGGAUUGGUAUUGGAAACAACAAUGGCAGACCAGUUUAUAGAGUUGCAGAAAUUAGUGGUGUUGUUGAGACUGGAAAAGUUUAUCAACUUGGUAAGACACGAACAAAUAAAGGUCUAAGACUACGACAUGGAACUCAGGAACGAGUAUUCAGAUUAGAAUUCGUCUCGAAUCAAGAAUUCACUGACUCUGAAUUUUUCAAAUGGAAAGAAACUUGCAAUCAACAAGGUAUUUCCAUGCCGACUUAUGAGGAGAUUGAUCAAAAACUCAAUGAAAUCAACGAUGCAUUAGUCUAUGAGUUUAAAGAAGAGGACAUUGAGAAAAUGGUACAAGAAAAAGGGAGGUUCAAGCAAACACCUUUCAACUAUGCCAUGAAAAAAGCUCAAUUAUUACGUGAACGAGAUGUAGCUAACUGUCGAGGUGAUGACGAAACUGCCAAUCGUGUAAAUCAAGAAUUAAGUGAACUUGAAGAACGUGCCUCAGAAUUAGACAAAAUACGUACUUCAACUAUUUCCAGUAUAUCGUACAUCAAUGAUCGUAAUAGAAAGAAAAACGUUGAAGAAGCUGAAAAAGCAAUUAUGGAAGAACUUAGAGCAAAUAAAGGCAAAAAAGUUGAUGAUCCAUUCACUAGAAGAAGUACUAAACCACGUAUGGUUUAUAAGCCUGAAGAAGAAGACACCACACCUGUGAUCGUCUCCUCAGAAACGUCGAAUACUCAAUUGCUGAAUGACAUGUCAAAACAUAAUGACAAAGAAAAUGGACCAGAAUCUAAAAAGAAACAAAGUACCGAAGAUUUAUUUAAUGCUCAUGAUUUUGAUAUUACAAUUGAUUUAGAAGUGCCGAUCAAUAGUAAUCCAGUCAGUGUAUUACCAAAGCCAGUGAGCAAUAUUAAAGAUACAGGUCCACGAAGGUCAUUGAACCUUGAAGAUUAUAAAAAAAAACGUGGACUUAUCUAACAUCUUGUGUUUCAAUUUACAGCAUUACCUAAUGAAGCGCAGUUAAAAUUGUUUAACUUAGUUAUAAUAUACCAGUAUUGGUGAAUUUAAUUUACGAUAUUUAAAACAUAAAUCGUAGUUUAUAAUAAUGCUAAAUCUUACAAUUCAUAUUUUUAUUGUACACUGAUAUAGUUUGUUAAGUUAUUAUUAAUUAUUUAUAGUAAGCCAUGAUAUAUGAUUAUUUUUAUUAGUAAACUUUUUCAUAUAAAAAUCAACUGAUUCCAGUAAACUUUUAUUUUUUACUGGUUAUUUAAAAUUUAACUUGUUAAUAUCAUGUUGUAAAUAUUACCUGUCAAAUAUUCAUCUAGAAUCUUAUACCUUGCUCUAUAACUUAUAAUAGUUGAUCUUCAUACAUAACUUGAUAAUGUUAUGAGACUGCAGGAUAAGAAAUGUUUAAUACAAUUGAAAAAGUAUCCAAAAAAUUUUACCUUAAAGUCUACUGCGAUAGUAGAAAAUUGGAGCUGAAAUUGUCUUAUUAUUUUGUAUGUUUUAUUUUGUAAUCAUAAUUGUGAAUGUCAGUAACUUUUAUUUUCUAUGAUACAAAAUAAAUUUGUCUCAAUUUAAUUUUG